GUAAUCUUACUAAUUUACAGAUUGGGAGUUUACUUGGACUUAUCCUUGGUCGAUAUAUGCUAUACUAUCAUAAUAGUAAUCUUACUAAUGAGAUUAAUCAUAUCAAAGAUGAAACUGUCCUGUAUCAUCAAAUGGAAAAGGAUUGUCAUGCUAAUCGUGGUUUAGAGGUUUCAAAAAUAAGUUCUAAUAUCAAACAAGAGGAGAGAGAUAUAAUUGGGCUGGAGCUAGACAUUGAUAUCAUGAAACAAUUAAUGGUGAAUUUGAUGCAUAAACUGCAGAGCGAGAUAUUUUUAGCUGAACUAGAGUCAAGCCGUGCAGCAGGAGCUGGAAAACUUGAAUUUAAAAGAUUUAAACGAAACUAAUGCAAAAUGUGAUAAAUCUUUUUCACUGAAGGUUGUAAAAAAAAGUUUUUUUUUACAUUUGAAAAAAAAUGCACUGUACGUAUACGUAGUAAUUAUUUAUGAUAAAUGGUCCGAAUUUAUUUAUAAUAAUUUAUAUCAAAAAAUAUUUCCCCGGAAGCCCGAUGCAAAUUUCACUAAGCACAUAUGUUAGAGCCGGCCCGUACGCAUGCGCAAUGUUUAUAAAUACUGCUACGCCAAAAACAUCUGAAAAUCCAGGGAGAACGCUUUCUUUUCAACUGCGUAACUUAUUUAAAUGCUUUCCUUUCUCCAGUUCAACUUAAUGCAUUUUUUACAUGGAAAACAAAACAAAGACAUUUAAAAAUUACGAUAUAUUACUUAUGUUUAGCAUUGUUGUUGAGUAAAUGAAUUUUGUUUGUUGAUUUGUUCAUUCGCGACAUGGCUAAAUGAAUUAGAAAUUAAAGUGAAUUUGCUUCAGUUACAGCUAUAGAUUAUUUUUAUAGUUGUGUACAUUCUAGCUAGUACUGUAUACUAAAAUUAACUGAUUUGUUUUUACUCUAAAAUACUAAAAAUAUUAUUAUUAUAUUCCUGAGAACGAUUUUUGGACACCCCAGGCCCCCCUCCUAUCAA